GGAAUUUCUAGGCCCUGUACGUAAUCGCGUGUCCACGCACGGUGAACGCUAGCACUCGUUUGCUAGACGGCCGGCUAGCAAAACGAGUCGAUUUCUCCUGGUGCGCGAUAUCGUGGUAAGAGGUGGAGGAGACGUUACUCGUCGAAAAAUUCGAGGGUAUUGUCGAAGGUUAGAGGUACAAGGGGACCUUGUGGUAGUUAGAACGACGGCGGCAGCGACGGCGGCGGCGGCGGCGGCGGCGGCAUUGUCCUGCUUGUUUUGUUGUCUCUCGCGACACGCACAGGUGGAAAAGAGAAGAAGCUAUCGCGUUGUCGAGGAAUCGAGGAGUGACGGAGGAGAGCGAGACUGUGUGUACAGGUCAAAUAGAGAAGAGACUGGUGGUGUGCUAUGCACGAAUGCCCAUAGGUGUACCGUAAAAGACAAGAGCAAACGUAGCGUAAAGGGGAGAGGGAGAGGUGGAAAGAAGGUUCAGAACGACGGUGACGAAAGAAAAAGACAGGAAGGAGAUAGGAUAGGCGAGAAGACGGAAAGAAGGGAAGAAAGAAGAGUGUAAGAGAGAAAGAGAGGGGAGAACUAAAGAAGAACGAAAGGUAGCAGCAGAGUGUACAGGAUACGAGGAGAGAGAGACGACAGGGCGAAAGAAAGACACGGACGAAGCGCGUUAGAGUGCGUGAUCCAAAAUGGCGCUGAACCAGGACGUGGACCAGUUGUCGAAAAGUAAUCUGGUAGUAAAUAUCGAUCAAAACUCGGAAUCGGAUCUACAGGCACUGUUCGACAGCGUCCUGAAGCCAGACUCGAAGCGUCCGCUGCAAGUACCACUGCGCAUGCGCAAUUUACCAGAUUCCUUCUUUAAUCCACCGUCGACGGGUAGCAAGAGUCCCUCGAUUUCGCAUUCACGGGAGAAUUCGGCGGAUUCCGCGUUUGGUACAGCGGCCGCGGUCGCCGGUGCCGGCCCAGCACCCGGUGGAAACGCUACCGGUACAUCAGGUACCGGAGCAGCAGGUGCGGCUACUGGUGGAAGUGGAAAUACUGCCGCUGGUACCGGAUCAAACGCCGCAGGUGCGGCUGCGGCUGCAGUCGCGGCAGCGGCCGCGGCUGGCCUUACCGUUGCUCAUCCUCGCGCUCACAGCAGCCCGGCCUCUCUUCAGCAAACCUACGCCUCAGCUCAGCAGGCGCCUCAGCACGCGCCCCAGCCGCACGCGCGUCACCAUCAUCACCAGAAGCAACGCAGCUACGACGUCAUCAGUACGGUCGACGACCUAGGUCCCCUGCCACAUGGAUGGGAACAGGCGCGCACCCCCGAGGGACAAAUCUACUUCCUCAACCACCUGACGCGAACCACGACAUGGGAAGAUCCACGAAAAACAGCGGCAGCAGCGAACGUAGCGGCUGUGGCUGCCGCCGUCGACAAUGGGAAAUCCUCGACCGGCGCUACCAAUUCUCUAGGUCCAUUGCCCGACGGAUGGGAGCAAGCGCGUACUCCUGAAGGAGAAAUCUACUUCAUUAAUCAUCAGACACGUACCACUUCGUGGUUCGAUCCAAGAAUCCCUACACAUCUACAAAGGGCUCCGACUUCAGGUGCGAUGUUACCACAAAACUGGCUUCAACAACAACAACCCACAGGUGGUGGCAUUCAGAGUAAUCAAACAUUACAAGCGUGUCAACAGAAACUCCGUCUUCAGUCGUUACAGAUGGAACGCGAGCGUCUUAAGCAACGACAACAGGAAAUUAUACGUCAGCAAGAGCUUAUGCUCCGACAAAGCACUACCGACGCCGCUAUGGACCCAUUUUUAUCGGGAAUCAACGAACAACAUGCACGUCAGGAAAGCGCAGACAGUGGUCUGGGUCUUGGUUCUGCUUAUUCUCUUCCUCAUACACCUGAAGAUUUUCUUGCAAAUAUCGACGAUAACAUGGAUGGCACCAGUGAUGGUGGUGCACCCAUGGAGACCCCAGAUCUCUCUACACUGAGCGAUAAUAUCGAUUCGACGGACGAUCUCGUUCCAUCGUUACAGUUGAGUGAAGAUUUCAGUAGCGAUAUUUUGGACGAUGUGCAAUCGCUGAUAAACCCUAAUACGACAAAACCUGAAAACGUGCUGACGUGGCUGUAGUAUGGAGGAAAGAAUUGUCUAUGACAGGCAAGCAAUUUAUGAAAUCGAUUCGUUAAAAAAAAAAUUGCAAUUUCAAUACGUCUAAACUAAAUGGAACGAUUCUAGAGGAUCUUACCAGUAAAGCAACGACUAUUCCAUUAAAAAAAAACGCACGUGAACGAGAAAAAUUUUAAAGUUUAAGUAGAAUGGAGCCUUAAUUACAAAAUGCGCUAUGCUCAACGUAUAUACAGAAAUGUGUAUACAGAAACAUUCACAGGGUGUCCUAGAAAUGUUGACGAUAAUUCGGAAGAUUAUAGUUCUUAUUGAAUUCCAUACUACGAAUUUCUUGUUAUAUAUCGUGCUUGUUGAAUAAUGAGAGGUGGUAAAAAAUAGUGAAAUUCGAAGCCUUAAAAUCUAGUGUUCAUGGCAAGCUUGUCGAGUCUUCCUGAAGAAAUUUUUGAGAAUGUUGAGCAGGCCGUAAUUAUCGUUGAGGCUUCUCCAGAAAUUAAUUUUCUCUUCCACUAUUUUUUACCACCUGCUGCGUGGAAUAAUCGAAAUUGUUGGAAUUGAAUGAAGAAUACGAUCUUUGACGUUGUAUUUUAAGAUUUUUAGGACAUCUUGUAUGUAAAAAAUGUAUUCGGGUCUUUCUCUUUCUCUCUUAUUAUUAGGGUAUUUGAGUGUUCGUAUGCUUGUAUGCGUGUAUGAGUGCAUUUGUCCCCACAACAUUUUGUAUAUAAGUUUGUAUUUCUAUACUAAAGCAUUGUACGAGAGGGAGCGAGAGAGAGAACUGAAUAUUAUUCAUUUUAUUAUGAGUAAUAAUAUUUAAUGUGCGUACCGUUCGGGUCAAUGGAGGAGAGCGCAAUGAAUGGAGAAAGCUCGAUAUACUUCCCGAUAGUAUGGAGUAGACAAGUAAAUUGUUGUUUAAUUAUAUUUAUAUCACGUUGGUUUACAAAAGGAAUCUGAUAUCAUGACAUAUCAGAUUUUUUUACGAUCAUGGAUCUCGCAUGUGAUUUAAAUUUAAAAAGAACAGCGUCAUACCUGAUGUGUUCACGGAGUUUGUGAACGUACAUUGAAAACUCAUGGAACGAACUAAGGACGAAGUGCAAUUAUUAUGAAAACACUAUGUACAGAGAGAAUGGAAGAACAAGAAGAAAGAGGGUAUGAUGUUCGAUAAAUGAUAUUUUAUUCGAUAUUCAUCGAUUCAUAUAGCGGUGAUCUUUAUAUGAUGUUUACGGAAGCAACGGCAACGUCUAAAAGUAUCGAAGCAUUUUUAACACACGGACACUUGUCUAUACUUCGAAGUUGGCAUACGGAACAAGUCGUGUUACAUGUAUGAUUCAGAUUCGAAACAGAUUUCUCCGAAUUGCAUGUGUUUGUGUAUACAUAUACACACACAUGUACACCGCAAUCGAGUGUCGAUAAUGCUCAGACUAUUUUACAAGCGAUAUGCUUAAACGAAGUGCCUUUUCUUUGCAAUCGAUUAGAACGACAAUAUUGAUCGUCAUGUUUUAAAGCAAUAACCGUCCGUCUAUACGAGAUGUUUAUAUGAACAUGUGGUAAUUGUUAAAAUAGACAAACACGUUUUUAGACCCUUUUAAAUACUUUGAAAAGGGGAACACAAAAUGAAUAUACAUAUAUUUUUUUUAUAUAUAAAGUCUAUACCUGUUACAAAUUGCAGUUAUUGGUAUUUUGAAAUCACUGUUAGAUUAUAAAAUUCUCUUACGUUUUAUACUACAUACAGUUAUAUUAUGGACAUUAAAAAAAGGAGAGUAUAUGAUGUUUAUAGAUUACCUUUAAAUAUCUUUAGCCUUAAGGAUUUUUCGCGUAUUUCUUUCCCUUAGUUCUUGGGGAUAAGAAAAUUGAAAGAUAAAAAGAGGCCGUUAAUCUUGUACUUUGUAUGUUCCUCGCGAAACAACCAGUAGUAAUGGUUAUUAUCGAAUAAUCAAAGCGACAUGGUAAAGAGGAGACAAUACGCGUACAUGUAUAUUUAGUAACAUGGCAGCUUAAGUGUAUACAUACGUUAUAAAAAGAAGAGAAAGAAGAAGAAAAUAGAGGGAAAAAAGCGAAGGAAAGAAAUAUCGGAGGUUGACGUAACUUUCUUUUGUUAGUCCGAAAUAAUGCGGCGAUAACGUUGAUAAGUACUGUACCCCAGUGAUAACAAUCACGCGAUCACCAAUUUUAUCCGACUGAUCUAUUCCAUGUUUUAUGUUUUUUCUUUCUAUAGUUCGAAGUACACGAAGAAAGAGCUGUUAUCUUUCUCAAAUAAUCAAAACAUUAUCUUGUUAACGUUUCCUUGUUAAUCAUCGAAUUUUCAUUGUUAUCGAAUCGUCACAGUUACGUCUGCCAACCACGGUCGUUCAUCGAAGAUCAUAGAAUUUCAUUGAUAAAUUAAAAGAAAGAAAAGAAAUGAAAACACAAAAAAGGUGGAAGGAAAAAUCCGUAAGCUCUCCUGCCUUUUCUCUCAGUAAGGAAAAGUUCCGGAGACGCAAGUUAGAUUUUUGUUUUGUAGUUAUUCGCACGCUUGGUUUUAUCUUUUAUAUUGCUACAACGGUAGCUGUGCGAGUAGCACAAGUAUUCGACCUCCUUAUUUUUUAAUGAAGUAAUAAAACGAUCAUGUAAUAUUCGUUCGAUAUUUGUGUUACUAUCUGUAUUAUUCGACUGAAACUUGGAAAGCGAUCGCUGUAUAGUAAUUACGUGUAGCAACACAAAACACGGUAGACUUAACGCUCCUGUUAUCUGCAUUAAAAAUCAUUGUAAGAAGAGAAUUUUUAUAAUCGUUUCAUGGAAAUUCUUUUCCUUUUUUUUUUUUUUAAUAUUAGGCAUGAUAUAUAUAUCAUUUCUCGAAUUACGAGUGUCUCUUGUUUCCUUAUUAUGGGUAUAUUAAAUGUUUCUGUAUAGUAAUAUCGUAAUGAUUUUAAUGCGAAUGGCUAGAUAAAGAAUAAAGCUGUUGUACAAACGUAUAAAAGAAGGCAUUCAUAGUUUGAGAAGUCUAUAUCGAUAGUGAUUUUAAUCAUGUCGGGAGGCACAAAAUCUUUCUUUCUAUUAUCGUUGUCUACUAUGUUUUCUGUUCAUGGUUAUUAUGUUUGAUCGUAACGCGAAGCUUGUAUUAAACGCGAAGAUCUAUUAUCGAAUGCGAUCCAAAAAAGUUACCAUCGUUAACAAGGAUCACGAAAUCGUUGCGUUACGUUACUCUCGUUGCGACAGCUUCCAGGCGUGCAGGUCAGAUACAUUUAAUGUAUUAUUUUUAUUGCUAGUUAACGAUAAUAUUAAUAUUACCAUACCGUAUCUUGCUUUUAGUCUAAACUCAAUUUAGUUGUUAUGUGUAGGGGCGGGGGGAGCAUCGCGUGGAGGCGGAGACCUCUUACAAAGUGCCUUCAAUUUAACGUGAAGAAAAAUAAGUGUUAUUUCACGAAAUGGAAAGCGUUUGUUAAUAACAGUCGAAUAACAGUAAUAGAAAACGAAAACAAGUCAAGAAACUCCCCUUGGGUGACAUCCAUAAUAUCUGAGAUUAUACUACGAGAAGCAAUUAGUUGUUUAAUAUCAGUAUUUAUAUAUGCUCAUUGGCAAUAAUUUGUGACGUACACAUUUUUAUAUCGGUAACAAGUGCCUUAGUAAUAACGAUAAUGAUAAAUAUAUUGUUUACUUACGUACUGACAAA